AUCUCCAGUCCCAACAAACCUCACCUUCUGCUCCUCGCUCUGUUUGUUUCUGAAGCUGCCUGUUCGGUAAAUAAGUAUUUGACUUAGCUUGUCAAAUCCUUCCGGUUUAGUGCAUGGAUUGCUAGUUGUUUCGGCGACCUUUUAAACAAUUCUUGAUAGUGUGUGAACUUCUCGGUGUACAGUAGACUGUGCCAGCCUGCUCCCGUUGACUCAUCUGUGUAUGAUGCAAGGCGCAGCACAAAGCAGCAACCUCACCCCAUGCUGAUGACUCUGCAAAAACAGGCCAACAUUAUGUAAUUUACGAUCUACAGUUUGAAGAUGGGUGUAACCAACAGAGUGAAGGGCAAAAGCUGCAGACACACAGGUUAUUCAGAUCAACGCUGAAUCUAGUUCAGUUUCUCAGGAAUUGAAACUGAGUCAGUUGAGAGGUGAAAUGGCGCAGAAAGGGUUUGAGCUGGACCAUGAAACCUUUUCUUGUUCGAUCUGUUUGGAUCUACUAAAGGACCCAGUGGCUAUUCCCUGUGGACACAGCUACUGCAUGAACUGUAUUCAAAGCUAUUGGGAUGAAGAGGAUGGAAAGAAACCCCUCAGCUGCCCUCAGUGUAGGCAGGCCUUCACACCAAGGCCAGUCCUGGUGAAAAACACCAUGUUAGCAGCUUUAGUGGAGGAGCUGAAGAAGACUGGACCCAGUCCCCCACCUGCUCCUGCUGAUCUCUGCUUUGCUGGACCUGAAGACGAAGCAUGUGAUGUCUGCUCUGGGAGAAAACUGAAAGCUCUCAAGUCCUGUCUGGUGUGUCUGGCGUCUUACUGUGAGAAACACCUCCAGCCUCAUUAUGAUUCACCCAAAUUUGCGAAACACAAGCUGGUGGAGCCCUCCAGGAGUCUUCAGGAGAACAUCUGCUCUCGUCACGACGAGGUGAUGAAGAUGUUCUGCCGCACCGAUCGGCAGUUUAUCUGUUAUCUCUGCUCUGUGGAUGAACAUAAAGGCCACGACACAGUGUCAGCUGCAGGAGAAAGGACUGAGAGGCAGAGAGAGCUGGAGGGGAGUCGACAAAACAUCCAGCAGAGAAUCCAGGACAGAGAGAAGGAGGUGAAGCUGCUUCAGCAGGAGGUGGAGGCCAUCAAUCAUUCUGCUGAUAAAUCAGUGGAGGAGAGUGAGAAGAUCUUCACUGGGCUGAUCCGUGUCAUGGAGAAGAGAAGCUCUGAUGUAAAGCAGCAGGUCAGAUCCCAGCAGGAAUCUGAGGUGAGUCGAGUUAAAGAGCUUCAAGAGAAGCUAGAGCAUGAGAUCGCUGAGCUGCAGAGGAAAGACGCUGACCUGAAUCAGCUCUCACACACAGAGGAUCACAUUGAGUUUCUUCACAAAUUCACUUCACUGUCACAACCCACUGAAUCUGCAGACUCAUCCAGCAUCAACAUCCGUCCUCUGCGUUACUUUGAAGAUGGGACAGCGGCUGUGGCAGAAGUCAGAGAUAAACUUCAAGACGUUCUGAGAAAGAAAUGGGCCGCCGUCUUACUGACAGUGAGAAGGGUAGAUGUUCUACUGACAAAACCUCAGCCAAAGACCAGAACUGAUUUCUUGAUGUGUUCAAGGGAAAUUGCAAUGGAUUCAAACACAGCAAACACACGCCUGUUAUUAUCUGAGGGUAAAAAAAUAAAGGAAAUAAGAAAGAAAAAAAAACGUUUUGUUAUCACCCAGCCAGAUCUACUUCCUGUUUUCAAUUCCCAAGUAGAGGGGGCUGACCGGAUGUCGUUACCUUGUUUUUUGGAGAGACUGAAGACCCACUCUCUUAAAUAGACGAGUCAUUUAAGAGAGUGUGUUUCAUUCUGUGUCAUAAGAAAGAAAGCACCAGAACUUCCUUUAUUGUACACAUUUUGAUCUUUGUAAAGGAAUCCUUAAUUACUUUAACAUUUACUGUAUUUUCAGGUAGAUCAAUGGUGUUGUAGUCUUUGUUAUAAGGUAUUACAAAUUGUAAUAAUCAUCAUUAUAAAGAGAUUAUUCAUUAUUGUCUUUUACAAUGCUGGGGAUCUGGUGAAUUGGUUUUGUGGAUAAAGGGAAAAUGUACAUUAAAUCAGUGAACGACGGUCAUUUAAGAGACUUUACCGAUGGGAUGUGUACAAACUAAAUGUUUCCAUAAUGAAUAAACAAACAGGAAGAAAGCA